AUGGGAGUCCCCUUACCACCCCAUGGGAGUCCCCAUACCACCCCAUGGGAGUCCCAUUACCACCCCAUGGGAGUCCCCAUACCACCCCAUGGGAGUCCCCUUACCACCCUAUGGCAGUCCCCUUACCACCCCAUGGCAGUCCCCUUCCCACCCCAUGGCAGUCCCCUUCCCACCCCAUGGGAGUCCCCUUACCACCCCAUGGGAGUCCCCUUACCACCCCAUGGCAGUCCCCUUACCACCCCAUUAGAGUCCCCUUACCACCCCAUGGGAGUCCCCUUACCACCCCAUGGGAGUCCCCAUACCACCCCAUGGCAGUCCCCUUACCACCCUAUGGGAGUCCCCUUACCACCCUAUGGGAGUCCCCUUACCACCCCAUGGGAGUCCCCUUCCCACCCCAUGGGGAUCCCCUUACCACCCCAUGGGAGUCCCCUUACCACCCCAUGGGAGUCCCCUUCCCACCCCAUGGGAGUCCCCUUACCACCCCAUGGCAGUCCCCUUACCACCCCAUGGGAGUCCCCAUACCACCCCAUGGGAGUCCCCUUACCACCCCAUGGGAGUCCCCAUACCACCCCAUGGGAGUCCCCUUACCACCCCAUGGGAGUCCCCUUACCACCCCAUGGGAGUCCCCUUACCACCCAAUGGGAGUCCCCUUACCACCCCAUGGGAGUCCCCAUACCACCCCAUGGGAGUCCCCUUCCCACCCCAUGGGAGUCCCCAUACCACCCCAUGGGAGUCCCCUUACCACCCCAUGGUGCUCCAUUGGCAGUGUGA